CAUUAGCAAUUUACAAAAAUGUAUCUACUUUAGCUUUCAAUAACCCUCCUCGAUCUUGCUCAUGCUUCCAGUAUUGUUUAGAAAACAAUUACCAUUUCUUUUCUUCUUUUAUUGAUGUAAAAUUUAAAAUUAUUGCUCUAGAUCAAAGUAUUACUAUAAUAAUACACCUAGUUUAUCGUAAUUUAAUUUUAAAAACUCUCACAAUAGCAUCUAAAAGUUGAAUUAGAUUUUUAAAUUUCAAAAAUUAGAAAAUGCAUCAAAUAUUUUAGGGUGAGGAAGUUGAAUAAAUUGGGAAUCCAAAAAAAAAAAAAAAGAAAAUCAACGUGAGUUGUGGUGUAGCAAUGGACAACUCCAUUCUUAACCAAUGUUUUUAGGUUUAAACCUCUUGAUAUAUAAAAAAAUCCUAUAGGAAGCAUCAAGACCAAAAUAGCUCUUUUGGCGAACGUGAUUCAAAUUAGUCGGACUUCUAAUUCGUAAAAAUAAACAAAUUGGGAAUGAUAAAGUAGGGAGUAGGGAAGUUGUUAUAGGUGCAGAGACAAAAGUCACCUGGUUCCAAAUCAGUCCUAAAUUUUGGGUGGUUGAUUGGUUGGGGUCAACAUAAGCAGCCUAUAAUGGAAUGGCUGUUUCUUUGACGGAUUCACGAUUCUUAAAGUUGAAACCAAUCGCAAACCCAAAGCAAAAGCAGAGAAAAAAUGAAUGGAAGAUCAGUACUGUUCUGCAUUAAUUUUAAAAACAAGGUAAUGGGUAUUCAACUACGUUUUCAGUUACUGGUUGCAGUUAUCACUUUGGUUGUAGUGAUUAUUACGACUUUGUCCAUGUCCAGAGGAAUAACUGGAGCUCCAAAGUUAGUAGAGAAGAAGCUCCCGAAAAGCUCUUUAUCUGGCUGCGAUUUCUAUUCUGGCAAAUGGGUAUUUGAUAACCAAUCUUGCCCUUUGUAUAACGGGACAAAUUGUUCGUUCAUGGAUGAUGGAAUGGCUUGUCAAAAGUAUGGGAGAAAGAAUCUUGAUUAUCUUUCCUGGAAAUGGCGACCCAAUGAUUGUGACCUUCCAAGAUUUAAUGCGACGGCGAUGUUGGAGAAAUUGAGGAACAAAAGGGUUGUUUAUGUUGGAGAUUCACUCAAUAGGAAUCAAUGGGUUUCAAUUGUGUGCAUAUUAGAGUCUGAAAUCCCUAAGCAUCUCAAAUUUGUUCACUAUAAUGGCUCUUUGGUCACCUUUAAAGCUAUUGAGUACAAUGCGACUAUUGAUUUCUACUGGGCACCAUUGUUAGUUGAAUCAAAUUGUGACGAUCCUUCAUAUCAUCGUGUGGUGGAGCGGAUUGUGAGAGUUAAUUCUAUAGAGAAGCAUGCCAGAAUUUGGAAAGAUGCUGAUGUGCUUGUCUUUAAUUCCUAUCUAUGGUGGAGAUUGAACUUGAAGGUUCUGUGGGGAUCUUUUGAAAGCGCAAAUGCAAAGUAUGAAUAUUUGGGGAUGUUGCGUACGUACGAGUUGGGGCUACAGACAUGGGCUGAUUGGUUGGAUACUCAUGUUAACCGUACCAAGACCCGAGUUUUCUUUGUUAGUUUGUCACCUACUCACAACAGGGCAGAAGAUUGGGGGAAGGCAAAUGGUCAGAAUUGCUACAAUGAAACAGCGCCAAUUUCCAAUGUGAAGUAUUGGGGAUCAGAAUCAGAUCGAGAGAUGAUGAAAUUGGUGGAAGUGGCCAUCCAGAAAUUGAAUGAGAGGAGCGGUUUCAAAGUUGAGUUGCUGAAUAUUACUCAACUCUCUGAAUAUAGAAAGGAAGGUCAUUCAUCCAUCUACAGAAAGCAUUGGGAUCCUCUGACUAAAGAACAAUUGGCGAAUCCAACUAGUUAUGCAGAUUGUAUACAUUGGUGCCUCCCUGGAGUUCCUGAUAUUUGGAAUAGUUUUUUAUAUGCAUACCUUCUUUACUUGUGAUCCACACAGAAUGACUAGUUGGUGCAAAUAUAGUUUUAAAAAAGUUGAAUUAGUUUAUACUUGAAUGAACUGAAUGACCACCUCUCAUUCAUAUGCCAAAAUGUAUGAAAAAAGCUUAUCUAUACAUAUUUAUAUCAAAUCAAUUGUGUUUGUUGUUG